UAACGUAUUCCUCCUCUUUUUAUUUUUAUUAUUUUUAAUAUCAGUAUUUAGAAACUGCAAAAUCAAAAGGCUAACUGUCAACUGUCAUUACAGUCCACAACUUCCACCACCCCCUCAAAUGGCGGCUAUCGCCACCGCCAUAACCACCUCCUACCUCUCUAACAACUCUUUCAGCCACUACCAAUCUUCAACCUUUCGUUUCUCAUCACUCAGUUAUCCAAUCAACUCUUCAUCUCUUUCUCUAAAUGCCAAACGUCACCCUCCUCGGACUACUUCUUUUCCAAUAUUCUCUAGUCAUGGCGGUGACAGUAAUAUCGGUGGAGGUGGCGGCGUAGGAGGAGGCGGAGGUGGAGGAGGGAAGGAUGAUGGAAAUGCAGGGGAAAGGAACAAGAAAGAAGCAAUGAUGGCUUUAGCUGAAGCUGAAAGAACAUUGGACAGUUUGCCUAAGGACUUGGCUGCUGCAAUUGAGGCUGGGAAGAUACCUCAGGCCAUCGUUCACCGGUUCUUGGAGCUCGAAAAGUCACCCGUGCUUCGGUGGUUGCUUGGUUUUGGUGGGUUUAGAGAACGGCUACUGGCUGAUGAUCUUUUCUUGACUAAAGUUGCUAUAGAGUGUGGCAUUGGUAUCUUUACUAAGAGUGCUGCAGAGCUGGAGAAGCGUAGGGAGAAUUUCAAAAAGGAGCUGGACUUUGUCUGUGCUGAUGUGGUGAUGGCCAUUGUUGCUGAUUUUAUGCUGGUCUGGCUCCCAGCUCCUACUGUUAUUCUCCGUCCUUCUCUUGCAAUUAGCUCUGGGCCUCUUACUAAACUUUUCUACAACUGCCCAGACAACGCAUUUCAGGUUGUGUUGGCUGGUACUUCCUAUUCAUUUUUACAGAGACUGGGCGCCAUAGUGAGAAAUGGGGCCAAACUAUUUGCAGUUGGUUCAGGUGCAUCUCUGGUUGGUACAGGCGUAACAAAUACUUUAAUCAAUGCACGGAAGGCUAUUGAUAAAACCUUUGCUGGUGAAGCUGAGAAUCUACCAGUUCUGUCGAGCAGUGCUGCAUAUGGUGUUUACAUGGCAGUCUCAGCCAACCUUAGGUACCAAAUCCUUGCUGGAAUUAUUGAACAACGAAUAUUGGAGCCCUUGCUACACAAGAACAAGAUCGCCCUCAGUGCACUGUGCUUCGUUUUUCGAACUGGCAAUACCUUUUUGGGAUCAUUGAUGUGGGUGGAUUUUGCACGUUGGGUUGGAAUCCAAAGAUCACGAGAACAAAAAGAAACUUAGAUAAUGGUUCUCAGUUUUACGGUCAACCAAGGAUCAAUUGGACAAGUUUUUUCUUUUUCUUUUUUCUUUUUGAAUUCAACUAUAACAGUGGUGAGAUUUUUUGUCACUCUUUAUUGCUGCUUUAUUUUUCUUAAUUCAAAAGAAGUAAGGUCUCUUCAUUGCGCAA